UUACCAUAGCAAAUGAUUAACUCCAUACGGUCUGUGUCCGUAUAUAUGCAUGUGCAAUCACAUCCUUAUUUUUCUAAUCAGCAAAAUGGAGACAGCAGGCAAAGUUAUCAAAUGCAGGGCAGCUGUUAGCUGGGCAGUAAAUGAGCUGCUUGUGAUCGAGGAGGUGGAAGUUGCUCCCCCAAAAGCCUAUGAAAUUCGAAUCAAGAUGGUGGAAACAGGCAUAUGUCGCACUGAUGACCAUGGAAAGGUCGGAAACUUCAAAGAUGUCAAAUAUCCUGUCAUUCUUGGCCAUGAAGGAGUUGGUAUUGUAGAGAGCAUUGGAGAUGGAGUGAAAGAAUUUAAACCAGGUGACAAGGUCAUUCCUCUCUGCUCACCUCAAUGUGGUCAGUGCAUUUGCUGUAAGGACCCAAGGACCAAUAUUUGCUCAGCAGCCAGUACAGAUAAUCGCAGAGGAAUGAUGGCUGAUGGCACCAGCAGAUAUACCUGCAAAGGAAAACAAGUAUAUAAUUUUGCUCACACCAGCACAUUUAGCGAAUAUAUUGUGGUUGAAGAAAUUGCAGCCGCUAGAAUUGAUGACAACGCACCACUGGAUAAUGUCUGUCUUAUUGGAUGUGGUUUCUCUACUGGUUAUGGGGCUGCUUUAAAGACAGCCAAGGUACAUCCAGGGUCUACAUGUGCUGUGUUUGGUUUGGGUGGUGUUGGACUUGCUACUGUCAUGGGCUGUAAAGCAUCUGGUGCGUCCCGUAUCAUUGGAGUGGAUAUUAACAAGGACAAGUUUGACCUGGCUAAAGAAUUAGGAGCAACUGAAUGCAUCAACCCCAAAGAUUAUGAUACACCCAUUGAACAAGUACUUCAGGAGCAAACUGGUGGUGGUUUGGACUAUGUAUUUGAAUGUGUUGGUAACACAAACACUAUGGUAUCAGCAAUAAAGUCCAGCCAUUUUGCAUUUGGAACUACUGUAAUUGUAGGGGUAGCUGGAUCAGAUGAAACUAUUACCUUGGAUCCAAUGAUAUUUUUGACAGGACGUAAACUGACUAGCACAUUUUUUGGAGGUUGGUGGGCUAAAGACGAUGUCCCUAAAUUGGUUACUGAUUACAUGGAAAAAAAAUUUGAUCUGGACAAGCUAGUGACACACAGACUACCUUUUGAGAAAAUUAAUGAAGGAUUUGAUCUUUUGACUUCUGGCAAAAGCAUUCGAACUGUCUUGUUAUUUUAACAAACAUCAACAGCCCGAUAAUUUCUUCAAAUUUAGACUUUGGAAAAAAUCUUUUAUAAUAAAGAAGUGUUGGUAAAUCUA